AUGCCAGGCAAUGGACUGAAGGAUGGCGGCGGGAAUCUUUCGGAGCGCAGCAACAUCGACGAAGAGUCGCUCAAGGGUCAGGACGUGCUGUCCCUGCAUGACCUGGACCCGGCUCUCAAUCGAAAGAUGCACUUGGUGAACAACGCUAUUGACGAGCUCGGUUGGACUCCCUAUCACACCAAGCUGUUCUUCCUCAACGGCUUUGGGUACGCCGUUGACUCCCUCAUCCUUCUGCUGCAGUCCGUCAUCGCCGGCCCCGCCUUCCGCGAGUUCGGUCAGAUCGGCUAUGACAAGGCCUUGACCAUUGCAGUGUACACGGGCAUGCUCACGGGCGCCUUGUUCUGGGGUCUCGGAGCCGACAUCAUCGGCCGCCGCUACGCCUUCAACAUCUCGCUGUUCAUCUGCUCCAUCUCGGGCAUCCUCGCUGGCGCCAUGCCGAACUGGGCUUCACUGGGAACCUUUAUCGCACUGAUCGGCUUUGGCGGGGGCGGGAACCUGGUUCUGGACACGACUGUCUUCCUCGAGUUCGUUCCCGGCGACAAGCAGUGGAUGGUGACGUUGAUGGCUGCGUGGUGGGGGUUUGGCCAGGCCAUCACCGGCUUCAUCGCCUGGGGGUUUUUGGUGCCUGAAGAAUGGAACUGUCCGUCAGUCGACGGCUGCACCAGGGAGAACAACAUGGGCUGGAGGUACGUCAUGUUCACGAGUGGCGCACUCGUCUUCGUCAUGUCCAUCCUCCGCUUGACAGUCAUCCGCCUCCAAGAGACGCCAAAAUACCUCCUCGGCAUGGGCGACGACGACAAGGUGGUCGAGACCUUCAAGCUGCUAGCUACCAAGUACAACCGUCCAUGCACCCUGACCGUUGAAAAGCUCCAGGAAUGCGGCGUCGUGACAACAGCCCACAGCCAGAACCGCUUCUCGCUCGCCGAGACGCUCAUCCACUUGCGCGGACUCUUCUCUACUCCCAAAAUCGCCAUCUCCACGCUCAUGAUCUGGAUCUCCUGGGCUAUGGUCGGGCUCGCCUACCCGCUCUUCUACGUCUUCCUGCCGACCUACCUGGCCUCGCGGGGCGCCAACCUCGACGUGUCGACCUUCGACUCGUGGCGCAACUACGCGCUGACCAACAUCAGCGCCAUCUUCGGCCCCGUGCUCGCCGGCUGGAUGUGCAACGUGCCGCUGCUCGGCCGGCGCUACACGAUGCUGAUCGGCGCGCUCAUGACGGCCGUCUUCUUCUUCGCCUACACCACGGUGCGCACCGCCGCGCAAAACGUCGGCUUCUCGUGUGCCAUCGGCUUUAGCCUCAACGUCUACUACGGCACGCUGUACGCCUACACGCCCGAGGUUCUCCCCAGCGCGCACCGCGCCACGGGCAACGGCGUGGCCGUCGCGUGCAAUCGCAUUAUGGGCAUCUUAUCGGCCGUCAUUGCCACGGUGGCCGACACGGCGACCACAGCCCCCAUCUACAUCUGUGGCGCGCUCUUGGUCGCCAUGGGGCUGGUGGCGGCUGCCUUUCCGUUUGAGCCAUAUGGGAGGAGGAGUUCUUAG